CCCCCUCCCUCCCUCCUGUCAUCGCUGCAAUCUGGAGGUUUACAUGCCGUGAUCACACCGUCCUCUAGCGGAACUAACGGUACCAUGACUGCUCUGUGUCGCCUGGUCCAGAGGACACUUCCGAGCGGCCGGACGUCGUGUCGUGUAUUGGCCGGACAGAAAAACGUGCGCGCGGCCAGCUCGUCCAGCCCAGUCAACCUGACCUAUGACGUCUUUGAUGGGAAGGGGGACAGCACGCCGCUGGUCUUCCUGCAUGGCUUGUUUGGCAGCAAAUCAAACUUCCACUCCAUCGCCAAAUCGUUGGUUCAGCGUACAGGUCGAAAGGUGUUGACUGUUGAUGCUCGUAACCAUGGCAACAGCCCCCACAGCUCAGCACUGACUUAUGAGGCCAUGAGCGGUGACUUGAAGCACCUCCUCUCCCAGCUGCGCAUCGACAAGUGCGUCCUGAUUGGACACAGCAUGGGCGGGAAGACGGCGAUGACCACCGCCCUGAUGCAGCCCUCUCUGGUGGAGAGGCUGGUGGUGGUGGACAUCAGUCCAUCUCAGAGCAACACCAGGACCAACUUCCACUCUUACAUCCGCGCCAUGCAGGACGUGAAGAUCUCCACAGACCUCCCACGCUCCACCGCCAGACGCAUGGCGGAAGACCAGCUGCGCCGGACGGUCAAGGAGCACUCAGUGCGUCAGUUCCUGCUGACUAACCUGGUGGAGCACAACGGUCACUACACCUGGAGGGUCAACCUGGACGCCAUCUCGGCUCAUCUUGAUGACAUCAUGAGUUUCCCCAGCUUUGACUCCGCCUACAGCGGACCCACACUGUUUCUGGGCGGAGCCAGUUCUGCUUACAUUAGCUCUGACGAUUACCCAGAAAUCCAGAGGUUGUUCCCAAGCGCAGACAUCCAGUACAUUCCAGACGCCAGCCACUGGAUCCAUGCAGACAAACCUCUGGACUUCAUCAGCUCCAUCAUCUCCUUCCUUCAGUCCUAGCCACAUCUAAUGGAUGGAACCUCCAGAACCGCUCGACAAAGGGCACGAACGUGAGGUGAAAACUCACAUGGCAUAACUUGAACAGUUUGAUGAAGUAGACAGCAGCUGCUUCUGUUAGUGACAACAUGUUCUGAUCCAGUCCUGGUGCCAGUGGACCACCAUGCUGACUGAUGAUCAACUCUAAAUGACAAGACAGCUCAAGUCUUGUGCGCGUGUGCGUGGUCAGAACGUAAAUUUGUUUGACUUUCCUUAAAGUCUCGUUAGUUGUUGCACAGUUCCGUACCGCCUAGUGCGUAUAACUUAGUGCAGGGGUGUCCAAAGAGUGGCCUUUGGGCCAUUUUUGGUUACGCAGCAUGGUUUUUAUUGACCCUCAGCAUAUGGUACAAAUAAAAUGAAUAAACUAUUAAUAUGAUAUAUUAUUAGAUAUUACACUCAUUUGCUUUGUCAUCUAUAACACAAAGCUAAGAUGUUGGUGUUUUGUUUCGGAUCUUUUAUUUUUCUGUUUGUGACCCUCACUGGAAAAGGUUUUUACACCCCUGACCUAGUGCAUACUACCAAGUGCAUGCUCCAUGCUACAACUAAACUACACUCCCGAUUUUCAAGCCCAGUUCAAAUAUUGCAAGAAUUUACAUUUUGCACUGUGGGAUCUUAAGGAGGUUCUAAGUAGAGCUUCAAAAUACAAAAAGAAGAAAUGGGAGUGAGACAUAAAACAUUUUGAGGAAGCAAUUUAUUGCAAACAAGCAUUAAAGUGAAAUAGCCGUUUGACGCCCCUGCACAACCUGAAGCUCCACUGUUACAUUGAAGGAAAAAGCAGCCCAAAUCAAGAUGGCGCCCCCUCCACUGCACCGUGUGGAAAACAUCUCAGGUAGGACAAGGUCUCCUUGUCAUGCCAGUAAUGUUGGAAGCCAUCAGGACUGCCAAGGUUCCAUCAAAGAGAUGAGGCCUUUAAAGACAUUUUUUCUUCUUAAAACCCUUCUCUCGCGUAUUUCGAUGGUUAUGGACGGCACCCGGCACAAGUAACAACCUUCAUUUGGGCUGAGGAUCGUCCCGUGUCUUGACGUACAGCCAAUCGGCUCCACCGGCUCUGGGCCGGUGACAUUUUUUUGGGUCUAUCCCUUUACUUUUUUGUUCCAUAACCCUCAGGAUCCUUGAAGAACUUUCAAAUGUCUUAGAGCAUCUGACCUCAGCAGCAAUGGCAACCUGCAAGAGGCCUUGCUUGCAGUAUGCAGCUCAACAAUCCGACCGCAUUCAAAGAGAGAAAGUUUUAUGCCUUUGCCAUCAAGAGAUCAUGACAGUGUGAAUACCUGACAGAAAACGACAUUAAAUCCACAUUCACAUUCAAAAUCCACAAGAUUUUGCCUUUUAAAGGCUGUGGUUUUGAUGAACUGAUGAACAGCCAGUUUCACUUUAAUGCUUGUUUGCAAUAAAUUAUUCUAUUCUGCUUACUCAAAAAAAAAAAAUUGACGCACUCCCAUUUCUUGUUUUUGCACUUUGAAGCUCUACUUAGAACCUCCUAGGUUUCUUCCAUCAGGAAAUCUGCAAAUUCAGAGAUUUUCACAUAAGAAAAUGUUAAAACAAUUAGAAUCAUACAGAAAAUACACUUAUAAUACAGUUCAAUGGACAGAUAUUAAUAUGUAUUCUCCAUCGUAGCCUCCCUGACCGCAUGUCACUGUACAUAGGUUAGUUCCAGGAGGCCAUACGGCCCCAUCUUACUUGUCUUUCUGUGUUUUGACGUGUUUGUAAUGUUCAUGACAAAUAUAUGCUGCAUACAACUCAUCCGUCUGUAGUAUUUAAAUGUGUUUCAGUGGCGAUGAAGAGUGGAGUAUUAACAAAAUGCAGGGUGUUGUCAACUCACGUGCCUCUUUGUCAAGACGUCUUUUUGAACAUUGUUGCUUUUAUUCACGAUUGGCAGCUGGCUUGCCCGUUUUGACAUCAACCACAAGGGGGCGUACCCUGCAGGAUAUGCAUGCUUGUUUCCUCAUUAUUCAAACGUAAUAUGCAUUCUAUAUUGUGAAAGUUCAUUUAUAGUCAGUGUGUCAAAGAUUGUUGUCUAGCAGGAUGAAGGGUCAUUGAAAGUCCAGGCUUGUUUAUUUACAGUAAGUCAUUCAAAUUAAAAUGAAAGCAUGCAGGUUAAAGGUCCAAAGCAAAAGGAGAAAUACAAAUUUAAUGUAAACAAUCAUUUGUUCCAUGGUUAGAAUAUUGUUCAUGUGCUGCUCAUCCCUCUAAUAAAGUCAAUGCGUUGACUUUUGUUCUGACAUUGUGCAAGCUUCAUGUCGCUGUUCGAUUCCUCAGCUCAUGCAGCGCUCUCAUGCGGAUGACCGACGACUCUUGAAGCAUCAAGAACCAUCAAGAGCACCUCUCUCAGUCCAGCGAGACCACAUGGAAUCCAUCGUUAUCUCUAUGCUCUGCCAUGUGACCCGCAGCGUCCUGCUCUCCUCGCCGUCCGCCAUUGCUCCUCUUCCACUUGUCCCUCCAGGA